CCUCUCCACAUUGCAGCUGAGCUGAGAACAGUUUGAGUGAUGAAUCCUCCAGAUUACCCGACUGAAGACGUGCCAUUGCAGGGCGUGAAUUAUGGUGGACUCCCUAUUCAGCCUGCAGUGGUCCAGCAGACUGCUGUGAACAUCAACACAGAUGUACCAGUCAUCAUUGAAUACCCGCAAGACCAUAUCAUCUGGUCAAUCUGCUGCUUUGCCUACGCAAAUCCUUUUUGCCUUGGACUUGCAGCUCUCAUUUAUUCCAUCAAGGCCAGAGACAGGAAGGUGGUUGGAGAUGUGGAUGGUGCACGACGUUAUGGCUCCACUGCUCGCUGUCUCAACAUUAUCUCCACAAUCAUAGUUUCUACUGUGUUCUUGGCUUUAAUAAUUGGGAUUACUGUUCUCACUACUACUAUAGUUUCAUACCGUACUGCUAAUUUAAAUUCACCCAGAGAACAGUAUGGGUUUUCGUAUUAAAAUAAAUUUUGCAACCUUCUAUAACUUUUUAAAUGCAUCAUCUGGGGGGGAAAAAAAGCCAUUUUACAAAAAUCUUAAAUGGAAGUCUUCUCUAUUUCUUUACUGACAAGUUUUGUUUUCAGACUUUGUUAGUUGAUGCAUAAAUCGUGUUAGUAAAUCGUUAAGAAAUAAAAAGCUUCACAUUUCAAUAAAUGUCUCUCUAUUUUA